UCUUCUGCUAGUAUUCUAUUUUUGAUUUUCUGUUUCGUUGUUUUUUCCCUUUCUCCUUCAACAAAACACAAGCUGCAUGAAACAGAAGAAUCCAUCCGUCUCUGGUUCUUCCUUUCUCCCUUUUUAACGCCUUUUAAGCUCUUAUUCAUGGCAUUCCGCUCGUCCUCUUCUUCAGGUGAAGUUUGAUGAUUUAUGAAAUUCGAGACGAUCUGUGGAAUGUGAUGUUCUGAAUUUUUUUUCACCACUGGCUACAGUAUCGGGACGUUGUGUUUUCGCUUUCGUUUUCGUUUUGAUUUGGUGUUUUCUUAUUUUGAUUAAAGAGAUAAGAGGUGGAAACUGUGAUUUUUCAAGCAAUAGCAUGGGCUAUCUGAGUUCAGUUUUAUCGGCUUCGAGCCAGGUUCAUGCUGAUGAUCAAGGACCUGUCAGUGGCGGUGGCCUCAGUCAAAAUGGAAAGUUCAGCUAUGGAUAUGCAAGCUCUCCUGGGAAAAGGUCUUCAAUGGAAGAUUUUUAUGAGACAAGAAUUGAUGGUGUUGAUGGAGAAAUUGUUGGUCUUUUUGGAGUUUUUGAUGGGCAUGGGGGUGCACGAGCUGCUGAGUAUGUGAAACAAAACCUUUUCAGUAAUCUGAUUAGACAUCCAAAAUUCAUUUCUGACACAAAAUCAGCUAUAGCUGAUGCAUAUAACCAUACAGACUCUGAAUUUUUGAAAUCAGAAAAUAACCAGAACAGGGAUGCUGGAUCAACUGCUUCCACAGCCAUUCUUGUUGGUGAUCGCUUGCUAGUUGCAAAUGUUGGGGAUUCUCGAGCUGUAAUCUGCAGAGGUGGAAAUGCCAUUGCUGUAUCUCGAGAUCACAAGCCAGACCAAAGUGAUGAGCGACAACGUAUUGAGAAUGCUGGAGGAUUUGUGAUGUGGGCUGGAACUUGGAGAGUUGGAGGUGUGCUUGCUGUUUCUCGGGCGUUUGGUGACCGGCUCUUAAAGCAGUAUGUUGUUGCUGAUCCAGAAAUUCAGGAGGAAAAGAUUGAUAGCUCUCUUGAGUUUCUUAUUCUUGCAAGUGAUGGAUUGUGGGAUGUUGUUACAAAUGAGGAGGCUGUUGCAAUGAUAAAAGCUAUGGAAGAUCCAGAAGAGGCUGCAAGGAGGCUCAUGCAAGAGGCAUACCAGAGAGGUAGUGCUGAUAACAUUACUACAGUUGUUGUCCGCUUCCUGGCCAAUCAAGGGGCUUCCUCUCGUGGUAACCCAGCCAAACAUGGGGGUUCUUCUCAUACCAACCCAAGCAAUAAUGGGGGUUCCUCUCAUGCUAACCAAACCAAUCAAGGAGGUUCCUCUCAUGGUAACCCAGCCAAUCAUGGAGGCUCCUCUCACAAUAACCAAACCAAUCAAGAGGGUUCUUCACAUAGUAACCAAGCCAAUCAAGGGGGUUACUCCCGCAGCAACUCGGCCAACCUGACCAAUCAAUGGGGUUCCUCUCGCAGCAUCCAGACCAAUCAAGAUGUUUCCUAUUUCAAGUAACUCUACCUAAGCACAACGCAUUCUAAGGUUUUGGCUCUCUAGCUGAUGACAGAAAUGAGGUGAAAUAAACUUGGACUAAUAGAAGGCCAGAAAAAAGAAAAAUUUAAAUAGUAAUAGGCAGUCAUAGAAAUCCUACAAUAGCAUUGUACUAUGUAAAAAUUUAGAAACACGGACAGACGCAUUCUACUAUCAUAGAAAUCUUUGGGGUAUCUCGAGAUCAGAAACCAUUGCUUUAUCUAUUUCUAGUUUCUGUGAUAAAAUUGAAGCACUGUUUAGCUUCUGUUCUUGGGGUCUUGCUGUUAGAUUUGUGCAUGUCUUGACUUUGUAAAGAGUCUGAAUCUGAAGACGACUAUCCACCUGUUUCUGAUGUAAAUCUAGUACUGUAAUUGUUUAUUACGUUAUCUUUAUUUUAGGGAAAAAAAAAAUGGAAACCUUCA